CUUUAAUUCAAUUUUUGUUUAUUUCAUUUUUUAUUUCUAAUUUAAUUUAUCCCUUACUGCCACAACAAGCACUAUGCAAACAGUGGCAGCAUGUGGAAAGCCUUUGGACAUAACCGGACAACACCCAGCAACAGCCCCAGCCCACACCAAACCCCACAGACACCGCAGGACUGGCACUGCACGAAAUGCGACAGCCAAAACACACUGGACGCCCACGGGCACAUUGUUGACAGCCGCGCGGAAAUGUACAACGAGCCGCCGCCCCGCCCCCCACGCCAACUGCCCGCCACCCAACAAAGCCUGGCAGAGCAAGUGUUCUGCUCGGCAUGCCAGCGGAACCAGGAGCUUGUCUGCCAGAUCCUCGCGGCACGAUCCGGAGUACGGGACCGCGCGGACAACGCCGAGGAGUACGCCGGGCAACUGCGCAAACGAUAUCCGCUGGUGUGCCGUGCGUGCCAGGUGCGCGUGGAUCGCAGGCUGCAGCAGCAGGCGCAUGCGCUCCAGCGGUCGGCCCGCGCCAAGCGCCUGGCCGCGCGCAUCCUACGGCCCCAGCCGACGCUGCGCAGGAAAUGGGCGGUGCUCAUGUGGGUGCUCUGCGCCCUCGUUGCACUUUUCGCUUGCCCCAUGGCCACCUGGGCCGUGUACUUGGGCGCGUACGCCGGCGUAGUGCCACUGCCUGUGCUGGCGGGAGCGGGGCUGCUGGCACUGGCCGUUCUUACCUUUCUAUCUCGCUUGGUGAACCCCCUGUGGCUAUAUAUUGCUUGUAAUCCGGGGAUGCGCGCUGCCGGGCUGCCGAUGUAUCGGCGCCGGGUUGCCCAGCUGGCUCUUCUGCGGCUGCUUGCUGCCUGUCUGCUGCUGCUGGCCACUGCUCCGCAUGUGCUUGCGUGGCCGGUGCUGGCUGCUGCCGAUCUGGCGCUAUGCUGGCUGGCCGCGAGCAAUCUGCGCACACACAGCGGCCGCCGCCAACCCCCCCACCACAGCAGCGGCGCUUCCUUGAUGCCCAAGGGAUCAAAGGCUGCUGCCCGUGACAGCUCCUUUGCUGCUGGCAAGGACUCGAUGACGCCCGGGGACGCGCAGCUGGCAUUGGCUUCGCUGCAGAACCUGUCGUUUGGCGUUUCUGAGACAAACAGGGACCAGGACGACAGCUUUUCGGGCUUGGAUCUCGCCGCCGCCCGGUCCUCCGCCGGCAGCAGCCCAUGGGCUGCGCGCACGUCUAUUCGCCGGCGCGCUAUCGGAAACCGCCGCCGGCUUGAUACGGGCGACAGCAGCGGCGACGACAACAACGCCAAUAAUGCCAAUGAGAGCGCCUUUGGCGCAGACAUUAUGGCUGGGCUGAACACAUUGUCGGUUGGGUCGCAGCGCAAACUUACCAGAGCCGCUUCCGCACACCGGGAUGCAGAUCCCCAGAGCAUGGACGUUGAUCCGGUAUCUUCGCUACUAAGCGGUAGCAGCUUUAUGCCGAGCGGCGUGACUGGUAAGCACUCGGCCACUGCGGCUGGUUCCGCUGAGCAGCCGCCACAGCCAUUCGUGCCCAAAUAUUUUAAUCGUCAACAUACUACGGGACUCGAAACCAAAAUGUCUUCGUUUUCGCUCAACGACAGCGACGACGACAACAAUGCGGACGACGGGAGCUACCAGGGGAUUCUCGGCAAUACCGCGAUGGACAGUUGGCUGCUUGGGAUCUUGCACCGCCAGGGCUCUUUUCUCCUCCGAAGCACCGCGGCCAUUGGUCUUUUCGCUGCCACCGUGCUUCUGGGAUCCCGCCUGCCUAUGUGGCUCCUGUGGGUUGCGCGAGUUGGCUUGGCUGCUGCGGUCGCUGCCACUGUUCUUUUUUCAUCGACGACUGCUGGGUUUGAACAAAAUACCGGCCGCAUUGGUGAUGUGAUCCGCCACCUGGACUGCCAUCGCCAAGCGCAGAAUAAAGGCUGGAUUGGUCAGCCAUUGAUGCAUCGCAUUUGGGCUGCACCUUGCUCAUGGGCCUGUUGGCGUUGCCGAAGACAUGGCGGCCUUUGGCUUUUCCCUGCUCCACUGCGCCGGUGGGCCUUGGCCAGGCAAAUGGCCGGCGAUGUUUUUCGCAGUGCCUUGUGCCGAAUGGUUUUGCCUGAUAUUGCUUGGCUUCCUCCUGUGCUUAUACAGCUGGACUGUGUGGUGGAACUUGCGUGCUUGUCUUUAUUUUGU